UCGGCCGUGUUGGAAAGGAUUCCGUUCUUGGCUUGUGGAUAAUUUUGGGAUUAGGUGCUACAGGUAGCUUAUUUUACUUUGUGUAUCGAGAACUGUUCUCUCGGGAAAGUCCGUAUGGAAUAUAUGAAGAAGCCAUGGACAUAUGCUUGAAAGAUACAAGAGUACAAGAUGCAUUGGGCAAGCCACUUAAAGCUCAUGGUGAAACCUCAGGAAGAGGACGCAGGAGACACAUCAGACAUACAAUUUACGAGUUUCAAGGCUAUCAACAUAUGAGACUUCAGUUUUACUUGAAAGGAAAGAGAGAAAGGGCCACAGCCCAUGUGGAGGUCAGAAAGAACGACAACAAUAAAUAUGAAUACAGAUAUCUCUUUGUUGAAACUGAGGGCUUCCCAAGGCGAGUGAUCACUCUGAAAGACAACAGAGCACAGCUGCAAACAGGAGGAACUGCAGGAACAGUUGGCAUGAGCAUGUAGAGAUUGAUCUUCCAGUGUCUUCAACUGUGGCCUUUUUUCACACACUGACCUAGCGUGGAUGGCUGGAAUGUAGAGCCUGAUGUCAUAUCUGUAAGCAGACAUUGUGAUUUCCCUAGCAGCUUAAAAGACAUGAGAGUCAUCCUAGAUAGCUCAACGUCUGGUGACUUUGCAUAAAAUCAAGAUUUGGAGGAGAGUGUGGCCAGAAAUAAUGGCAGACUAGCAAGUGUCGUGUUGCAAUAAAUAUGAUAAUAAAUUAACUGCCAGAAUUUAUGUGUGGGCAUUUUCCAGAUCGUUUCCUCGAAUGUCUAUAGAAUAACACCCUUUAGCACCAUGGUGCUUUUUGGCAUGUUUUGUGAAUUUCUUUAAUUUGUAUCAUUUUCUGACAACAUUCUCAUCACAACUAGUUGGAGGGCCCUUAUCACAUCUGCCAGACUUCAAGAUGAAAGAUUGCUUUGGCUUGCAACAUUACUUAAAGUUAAGUUCAUUGUCAAAGAUUCUCACUUGUUUUAUAGUCUCACAGGACACAAUGCAUUGCCAACAGACUCUUUUUUUUAUGCUGUGUCAGAUGAUUUCCAUUAAACAAGGAAUAUCAAGAGCUUCCUUUGGCAUAAAAUCUCAACAAGGUCUGCAGUGAACAGAAAAUGUCACCUAGAUGCUGUUGCUGCUAAAGUAACAGCACAGGGAUAAGUUGCUCAAUUGUUAGAACAGCCAAACUAAAUAAAUUAUAAAAUAUAUUUUAUAAAAAC